AUGGUUGUGACGACACGGUCUAAGAAACGCGUUAGCGAUGAUACCUUCGAGACGACAACGACAAAAAAGACGAAGCGACCGAAACUCGAAGAAAAGACCGACUUGGCACGAUGGCGUAUGCUAGACGAGAAGGGGAGACAUACUUGGCAUUACCUAGAAGACGACGAGGCCGUAGAGAAGUGGCCGCAGAGUUAUGCUGAUAAAUGGUAUCUUGGAUUGGAUACUGAACUCCCCACCCUACCAAAGCCAAAUAAACCCCUCGAUUCCGUCGUCAACGGCUUGACGUUCUUCGAGAAGCUUCAAUUACCUUCCGGGCAGUGGGGUUGCGAAUAUGGAGGGCCCAUGUUCUUAUUACCGGGUAUUGUGUUUACCUGGUAUGCGACGAAGACGACGAUUCCGUGGUAUACCGCGACGGAGAUAAAGAACUAUUUAUUCGCUAGAGCAAACCCCGAAGAUGGAGGAUGGGGAUUACAUAUAGAAGGAGAAAGCACCGUUUUCGGAACCGCGUUGAAUUAUACCGUUCUUCGCAUUAUUGGUCUCGACCCCGAACAUCCGGUCAUGGUCAAAGCUCGAGGGACGCUACACAAACUUGGAGGAGCUACGUGUGCUCCCCAUUGGGCUAAGUUCUGGUUAAGCGUGCUGGGUAUUUGUAAAUGGGAUAUCGUCAACCCUAUACCUACGGAGCUAUGGCUACUACCUGAUUGGGUACCCUUUGCCCCUUGGAGAUGGUGGAUUCACAUGCGCCAGGUCUUCUUACCUAUGGGCUACAUCUACGACAAGAAAUGGUCCUGCGAGGAGACCGAUAUCAUUCGGGCCUUGAGACAAGAGUUAUUCGUAGAACCGUGGGAGAAAAUUGACUGGGUUGGAAACAGAAAUAGUAUCUGUUCUGUCGAUAACUACCACCCGAAGUCCUGGCUUCUUAAUACCGCCAACUGGUUCCUCGUUAAUAUUUGGAACCCGUACCUCCGCACCAAAGGCCUUGCUAACAAGGCCCAAGAUUGGGUCAGUAAACUAAUCGAUAUGGAAGACGCGAAUACGGACUUCGCGGACUUGGCACCGGUGAACGCGGCGAUGAAUACUGUCGUUUGCUAUAUCCGCGACGGCCCAGGUGCAUACUCGGUCAGGAGACAUAUCGAAAGGUUGGAAGAUGCGCUGUGGGUCAACAGCGAGGGUAUGCUUUGCAAUGGCACCAACGGUGUUCAAUGCUGGGAUACCUCUUUUCUGAUACAAGUCAUGACGGAUGCGGGGCUCGAGCAAGAUCCUCGCUGGAGACCGAUGUUAAAUAAGGCGUUGAUAUUUCUCGAUAAUCAGCAGAUACGCGAGAACUGUAAAGACCAAGAUAUCUGCUAUCGGCAGCAGCGGAAGGGUGCGUGGGCUUUCAGUACUAGGGACCAGGGAUAUGCUGUAUGCGACUGUAUCUCGGAGGCAUUGAAGUCGGUCAUCCUUCUACAACAUACUCCUAGCUAUCCCCAGCUUCUCGAAGACCAACGCAUAUUCGACUCCGUCGAUACUCUUCUUACUUACCAGAACAAGUCUGGUGCUUGCUCGUCGUACGAACCAACUCGAGGGAGUGAACUAAUGGAGAUGCUUAACGCGGCGGAGGUUUUCGGUAAUAUUAUGGUCGAAUACGAUUACGUCGAGUGUACUACAGCAGUGGUCACUGCGCUCUCCUUAUUCCAGAAGCAUUGGCCUGAUUAUCGGACAAAUGAGAUCAAGGGAUUUAUUGGACGAUCGGUCAAAGCAGUCAAGUCAUUACAAAAACCAGACGGAUCAUGGUAUGGCAACUGGGCCAUAUGUUAUACCUACGCUACUAUGUUUGCCCUAGAAAGCUUGAAAAGCAUCGGUGAAACUUAUGGCAAUAGCUCUUACUCGAAAAGAGGUUGCGAUUUCUUAAUUUCAAAGCAGAGGGAAGACGGGGGAUGGUCGGAAAGUUACCGCUCCUGCGAAAGAAUGGUAUACACCGAGCACUCGUCGGGAUCCCAGGUUGUGAUGACAGCAUGGGCCUUGAUAGGUCUCAUGAAAGCGGAUUACCCAGACAUCGAACCCCUGAAGAAGGGUAUCAAACUUAUUAUGGACAGACAACAACCAAACGGUGAAUGGAAACAAGAGGCGAUCGAGGGUGUGUUCAACAAGAGCUGUAUGAUCUCAUACCCGAACUACAAAUUCACCUUUACAAUGAAGGCUCUCGGAAUGUUUGCGACGAAGUACCCGAAUGAGACGGUAGUAUAA